AUGGCUGAAAACCAAAAAAAAUUGGUUGUCUUUGCUGGUGGCUCUGGCGGUCUUGGUCGUCAUAUCGUCGAUGCCGAUCAAACACGGGAAGGAGUCGAUGUCGUCAAAGUGAACUAUUCUGAUCAUCAAUCACUCCUCGUGGAAUUGCAAGGAGUGCACACGGUGAUUUCCUGUUUCAUUGGAAUUGAAGAGUCUUCUAUGGUAUCUCAAUUGAAUUUGCUCGAUGCCUGUUUAGAAGCUAAAGUCAAACGAUUUGUUCCAUCGGAAUGA